CGCAGCUCCGGGCAACUGGGCCUCAUCUUCCUCCAAGGUAGGGUGCCACCCACACUUCCUGCCCCAGCCCAGAUGACCUCCCUCCCACCUUCCCCGAGCCCCCGGAGGACGGCGAGAGGCUCGAGUCAGGCCGAGCUGAGUCCAGAGUGGAGGGGGUGCAGCCCCGGGGCAGCACACUGGGGGCAGACGCUUGGAGUUCCAGAGCCGCAGGAAUGACCGAUUCUGGGUUGCCCCACAGCAUGCACUGCCAUCCAGCCCAGCCGUCAGGGGAACCACCUUUGGAAAGAGACCUGGAGGAGCUGAAGCUGGGUGCCUGUGACAGGGAAGUGACCAGAUGCUAUGAAGCCCCCGGGAACUGCAGCCACCAACUCAGAGAGGGACGGCAUCCCCCUGCUCCCACCUGGGACUGCCCCCACCAAGACGCCCCGGAGAAGCCGGCCCAGCAACCGGGUUCCCCCACGACCACGGACAGUGACAUGGACCUAAAUGCUGUGCUGCUGCCCUCCGGUGGCACUCAGCUCCACAACCACACCCUGCCCACAACCCUCUGCCAGGCCGCCCCCCCGCCUUCCUUGCCCCCUCCCUGUCGGGAUAAGGGGGACCCAGAGCUCUGCCCCUCUCCAGGGCAGUCCUGCCCCAACAAGGCCCUGAGCCUGAAGUCCACUCUGCCCUUUAGCUUUGGCACCAGCUGCCGGAGCUUCUCCCAGCCCCUAAAGCUGCCCCCGAGGGAGCCGGUCCCGUGCAGGCUGGAGGGCAGUCCCUGGGGCUGGGACUGUCCCUGGACCCCCACCCUGGGUUCCCCAGGCCAAGAAGCCCCCAACACGGGCACUGAACCAGGUCUGGAAGACUGGCUGGUCCCCAGUGCCCCCAAGGUGCUGCCCUCCAGGGCUCCACUGGACAGUCAGAGCCCUGGCUCCUGGCUCCGGGAUGGGAGACCAGCAGAGUUGGGCCUGAGAGAGCAGAAAGGCCCCGAGGUGACCGGGACAGCCAUGGCUACCAGGCCCAGUCGGGGCUCUGCCCCGAAAGGGGAGGGGCCGGAGGGGCUGAGUUCGGGCAGUCCCCUGCUCCCCAAGCAGGACUGCCGGUCCCCGAGCCCCUGGGAGGAGGCUAGAAUACCCACGGUGGGUGAGGGGCCGGAGCCACAGGGGCCAGAGAAGAAGGGACUGGGGAGGGGGCGGGAGGGGAUGGACGGAGCCUGCAAUCCCAAGCCAGGGGCCGCUGAGGGGCAUGAGUCCAGGCCAGCUGGCACGGGCUGCCAAGUCAGCCGGGAGACUCUCGGUGCCACUUGCCAAGGCCCGGAGUCCCGGCCCUGGGUCGGCUGCCACACGACUCCGGUGGAGGACAGCUACGGGCGAUGGGUGCGCCAGGAGGGCUCUGCGCUGCUGGAGCAGCUGAGGCUACUCUUCCUGGACGACGAGGGGCAACACCUGGCUCUGCUGGACUCUGGACUGGCUCUGGCCUGCCGGCAGGAGACCCAAACCCCAGGGGUCACUUUUCUCACCACGCGCAAUGGCAGAAAGCUGGGCACGACCUUCCCCAGCUCCAAGCUCUUCCUCUACUACACCCCGGACCUGCACUUCUAUGUCACCGACCAGCUCAGCAGCCACUGGUUCCGGGUGCGAGACCGCAUCACCCAGGAGCAGAUGCUGAUGAAAAAGGUGCCUGUGGUCUCUGACUGGCAGAAGCUGCUCCAUCACUUCCUCUUCCUUCCUCCAGCCCCUUGGCUACCAGUUCCCUACGCCGUCCUCUACGACCGGAACGGCUCCAUCCUGUACCUGAUGGAGGACCCGGGGGUGCUGGCCGUCGGGAAGCCCCCAGAAAGGCUGCACCUGGACCAACGGACUCACAUGCUGGAGGCCCUGAGCUUUCUGCGCUUCUGCCAGCGACGGGGCUUGCAGCUCGGAGACGUGGCCUCCGCCCUGCUCCACACCCACCAGGGAGUCUGCUUUGACCCCAGCGGCCUGGCUGGCAGCGAGGGCCCCUGUGUCUUCAGGAAAGGCCUGCGGACCAUCCUAGAGCUGCUGCUUGGGGGGCCCCAACAGGAGCCGUGGGCCCUGGAGGCCCUGGUGGACCUGGCAUAUCAGUGCGUCGAGGAAGAUGCUGGUCCUGCGGAAGCCCUGUGGAGGGCCGCAUUCCCUGAUGGUGAUAUCCCUGGCACCUCCUGAGGCGGGCAGGUGCAAGAUGUGUGUCCCGAUCAAGCCCACCCUGGGGGCCAGUGCAGAUUUAGCACUUUAGAGCAUAGAAGCACUUUACAGCCACAUCGGUGCUUGAUGACUUGAAUUCUGAGCGCUGGAGUCAGAAUCGCUACCACCCCACCUUGCUGGGCCCAUUUCACAGAUGGGAAACUGAGGCUUGGAGAGGGGGACUUUUUGCUGCUGGCAGAGAGGAGCUCAGCAUGUAACUCAAGAAUUCUGUCUCCUCAGCCCCUGCCCCCAAAACCCUUGGGCCCAGACCGUCUAAACAGCUUUCCAGUGGGGGAGUGCUGGAGCCCCUCAAGGCCAACGUCGGACCCCGACCCUCAUCACAGUCCCCUAUUGCCACAUCCAGCGUGAAGCACAGUGGUCCUGGUGACCCGAGGGGAAGGGGUAGGUAGGAAACAAGACCCUGGCCUCUCCGUUCUCCGGCCAGUGAGAGGACUUACCCUCUCUGCUGAGCACCUGGGGCUGAGGAAGGGAUUCCUCAAGGGCAGAGAAGAGGAACCGGGCUGUUGGACUGAUGACAUCGCUGCUUUGAUUUCUCCAAGUAAAAGGUCAGCCAGACCCUUCCGAACACGAUGAGGGACCAGAAUGGCCACACUCCUGGCACAGAGAGGAAGGACCACUGGACUGGCCCGGGCUGGGGUGCACCUGCAGGCUAGAAGGCCAUGCCUGGGCACUGGUUGGGUCCCCCCAAGUGCUCCUGCAUGUGAUGUUACCCUCCACCCUCACAGAGGGCCUCUGGGCCACGCUCCAGGGGAUGGCCAGAGGAGACCACUUUUAAAAGUCGCUAGGGCCCAGGGCCAUGCAGACGCCAACCCCAAUUUGGGGCUCGGUCCUCUGCCUUCUGUUCUGCUCAGGGUGGAGUCUCCAGAGCACUGGGGAGCGGGGUAGAAAUCACUGAAAGUUACCUCUGUGGAUCACCUGCUCCAUCUCCCUCCACCUUGGGGCAGGACCCCCCGACCCAGCCCUGAAGGAGUCAGUUGAUUUCUCCGGCUCUCACCGGUCUCCAGAGGAGGGAAUGCCCUGGAGCCCCGUCAAAACGUAAAGUGGCUUUUAAACAACCUGGAACGUGGACUCAUGUAGAUGUUUGUUUCAAAUUUCCCCCUGGAAGGGGGAACACGCUGAGCUAAGCAGAUGGUGGACCUGAAAUAAAAAAGUGAAACCCAGCAGCUUUGCUCCCUGCCCAAGGGCUACAGGACCACAUUGGACUGGGGGUAAAGAUUCUGGUUUGGACUGUCUUGGGGAGCAAUGACCCCAAUAAAUAAGGGCAGGUCAGGCUUUGGGUUCAUCACAUGGUGAUGACUUUUUAAAAGCUGCAUCCAAAAAGCAGGUUUGGUGCUUAUGCCUGAGCUCUGAAAAAUAAAGAUGCCUCAACUGGGA